UUUUUUUUUUUUUUUUUUUUUUUUUUUUUUAAGAACCAAGAUGGCGCUGACUACCGAGUGUCCCAUGUGCUAUUUCCGGUCGUACUCGGAAGCAGGAUUCCCACCUGUAGCUGAUUCGGUUGGUGGUGGCAGGCGGUGUGAGGUUUCUUAACACUGCUCCUGGCGGAUCCAGUCAGCAGCCAGCAUGUCUAACAGAAACAAUAACAAGCUGCCCAGCAACUUGCCGCAGUUACAGAAUCUGAUCAAGCGGGAUCCGCCGGCCUACAUCGAGGAGUUUCUACAGCAGUAUAAUCACUACAAAUCCAAUGUGGAGAUUUUCAAAUUACAACCAAAUAAACCCAGCAAAGAACUGGCAGAACUGGUGAUGUUUAUGGCACAGAUUGGUCACUGCUAUCCAGAACAUCUAAGUAACUUUCCUCAAGAGCUGAAAGAUCUUCUUUCCUACAAUCACACUGUUUUGGAUCCAGAUCUUCGAAUGACAUUUUGCAAAGCUUUGAUCUUGCUGAGAAACAAGAAUCUCAUCAAUCCAUCAAGUUUGCUAGAACUCUUCUUUGAACUUCUGCGUUGCCAUGAUAAGCUUCUGCGAAAGACUUUAUACACACAUAUUGUCACUGAUAUCAAGAAUAUAAAUGCAAAACACAAGAACAAUAAAGUGAACAUAGUGUUGCAGAAUUUCAUGUAUACCAUGUUAAGAGAUAGCAAUGCAACUGCAGCCAAGAUAUCUUUGGAUGUGAUGAUUGAACUCUACAGAAGAAACAUCUGGAAUGAUGCCAAAACUGUCAAUGUGAUAACAACCGCGUGUUUCUCUAAGGUCACUAAGAUAUUAGUUGCUGCUUUGACAUUUUUCCUUGGGAAAGAUGAAGAGGAGAAACAGGACAGCGACUCAGAGUCUGAGGAUGAAGGACCAACAGCAAGAGACCUGCUAGUGCAAUAUGCCACAGGGAAAAAAAGUUCCAAAAACAAGAAAAGGUUGGAAAAGGCUAUGAAAGUGCUCAAGAAACAAAAAAAGAAGAAAAAACCAGAGGUGUUUAACUUUUCAGCUAUUCAUUUGAUUCAUGAUCCCCAAGAUUUUGCAGAAAAACUACUAAAGCAGCUAGAGAGCUCUAAGGAGAGGUUUGAGGUGAAAAUGAUGCUCAUGAACCUCAUCUCCAGAUUGGUGGGAAUUCACGAGCUUUUUCUCUUCAACUUCUAUCCCUUUGUGCAAAGAUUUCUGCAGCCCCACCAAAGAGAGGUAACAAAGAUUCUUCUGUUUGCUGCCCAAGCAUCUCAUCACUUAGUACCCCCAGAGAUCAUUCAGUCCUUGCUCAUGACUGUGGCCAACAAUUUUGUCACCGACAAGAACUCUGGGGAGGUCAUGACAGUAGGAAUCAAUGCUAUAAAAGAGAUAACAGCUCGAUGUCCUCUAGCCAUGACUGAAGAACUUCUCCAAGAUCUGGCUCAGUAUAAAACACACAAAGAUAAGAAUGUGAUGAUGUCUGCUAGAACUUUGAUUCAGCUCUUCCGAACACUGAAUCCUCAGAUGUUGCAAAAGAAAUUCCGGGGUAAGCCUACAGAGGCCUCCAUAGAAGCAAGAGUGCAAGAAUAUGGAGAAUUAGAUGCUAAAGAUUACAUUCCAGGAGCAGAAGUUCUAGAAGUUGAAAAAGAAGAGAAUGCUGAAAACGAUGAAGAUGGGUGGGAGACCACCAGUCUCAGUGAGGAGGCAGAUGCCAAUGGUGAGUGGGUUGAUGUGCACCACUCUUCUGAUGAAGAACAGCAAGAAAUCUCCAAGAAGCUCAACAACAUGCCCAUGGACGAGCGGAGAGCCAAAGCUGCGGCCGUUAGCACUAGCCGAGUUUUAACUCAGGAAGACUUCCAGAAAAUCCGCAUGGCCCAAAUGAGGAAAGAACUUGACGCUGCACCAGGGAAGGCCCAAAAGAGGAAACACAUUGAAAUAGAUAGUGAUGAGGAGCCCAGGGGUGAGUUACUUUCUCUUCGGGACAUUGAACGCCUUCAUAAAAAACCAAAGUCUGACAAGGAGACAAGACUAGCAACGGCAAUGGCUGGGAAGACAGACCGAAAAGAAUUUGUGAGGAAGAAAACCAAAAUGAACCCAUUUUCUAGUUCCACAAAUAAAGAGAAGAAAAAACAGAAGAACUUCAUGAUGAUGCGGUAUAGCCAUAAUGUCCGGUCAAAGAACAAGCGUUCCUUCCGAGAAAAGCAGCUGGCACUACGAGAUGCACUUUUGAAAAAGAGAAAAAGAAUGAAGUAACCUCCAAGCAAGUUUUCCAUUCCAAGAAAAAUGCUACAUUUGUAUCGUUAUUUUGAAAAUUAAUCAAGAAUGAUUGUUUACAUUAAAAAGUCCCAAAGUACUGUAUUGUGAAAAACACAGUAAACUUGGUAGCAACUUGGCAUUAUUGUUUUGGAGAUAGGGAAUGGUGGGAAUGUUUGAAAUGUAAACAGUAGUGGUGGUGUUGUAAACUCAUUUCCAUUUGGCAUUCAUGCAAAAAAAAAAAAAAAAUGUUUUGUGCCUACUAA